AUGGGCGUCCUCAUCUGGCACGACUGGGCCCGCCUCCUUGCCCUCACCUCGGCUUUCUCCGUCGGUUGGGCCGCCAUCUGGGCUUUCUUCUACCGCAAGUUCUUCUGGGACUUUGUCGGCGCGACUCUCGGUCCCGGCGGCCUCGUUCCGCCGCCUAGCGCAGCCAUCUUCGUCAAGAUCAUCGUCGACUUCCCCGUCCUGCAGGUCAUCAACCUCGUUAACGCCCUCGUCACGCUUGGCCUCGAGUGGCCGCUCCCGCCUGUCGCUCGCCUCAAGAUACACGGCUCGAUGAGCUUCCGGGUCGCGCUCUACAUUUGGUGUACGGGCGCAGCCUGUGAGCUCGCUCUCCCUCAAACUCGCGCUUCUCGGCCGGCGACGAUUUCUGACACUUGGACCUGCUCGCCCGCAGCCUUCGUCUACCAGACAGCGUUCCCUGCGCUCUUCUACCUCGUGGCGGCGAUGGCUUACGGUCGUGCUCUCGCCAAAGGCGAGACGAUCGCUUCCGAGCACAAGCCCGCCGCGUCACCUCGUCCCGUCAAAGUCUGAGGCGUCCAGACGGGCGCCGCUCAGGCCUCCAGAAGCGCUGGUUCGCUUCCUCUCGUUUCUCUCCUCGGUCCUCUCUCUCGCUUUGCGCACCUUGUCUAGCAGUACACAGACGCAAUGAGAAUGCAGGUCUAUCUGU